AUGGCUAGGAGGGAGAAGGUCACUAACAACAAUCUGGAAGCUGAAUUUGAAGUCCCAGACAAUUUGGAUGUCAUUCUUAGCAAUGCUGACUCUACAGAUAUUCUUGAUCGCCUUCAUGCUGGCGUUUUCUUGAAUGAAAAGACAGAGAAGUUUUGGUUUGACGAGAUUAUCAAUGCCAACGUAUUCGAGUUGUAUGCAAGGGGUCUUUCAAUUGCUUGGAAAGAUGAUCAACGUCAUUGGAACUGGACUUCCAUGGAAGACACUGAGCAUACUGAUACUGAACAUAUGAAGAAGGGACUUGUCAUCAACAAAAUCCUCAUUCAGCCAGUAACGAAGGAUUGUUGCAGCUUAAUGAUGAAAAUUCACUGGGGUGUCAACUUCCCAUGCAUGAAGAAAAAGAGUUUUUUUUCUAAAGUUGGCCCAGACAAAGGCAAAGCAAUGAAAUACCAAAUAUACCAAGUAAAAAGGUAUAUCUACGCAUUGGUCAAUGUUUCUUUCUCGAUCGAAUUGUUAGUUCCAGACAGAUCUGCUUGGAUUGGUUAUGUGGCCGUGGCUACAGAUGAAGGAGCGAAGUCAUUAGGUAGGAGAGACAUUUUGGUUUGCUGGAGAGGAACUUACAAUAAUGCAGAGUGGGAAAGGAAUGCUAAUUUCUUCCAAACCCAUGCUCAAGCCAUAUUUCCGACUGUCCCUAAAACUGAGGUGCACUAUGGAUUUUACUCCAUCUACACACACCCAAACAAAGAACACGACAACAAAAGUGCUGGAGAUCAGGUUAUCGAAGAAGUUAAGAAAUUGAUAAAUUUAUGCCAAGACGAGGAAAUCAGUGUAACAAUAACGGGAUAUAGUCUAGGCGCAACUCUUGCUACAUUGAACGCAUCUGAUAUAGUUUGCAAUGGAUAUAAUAAGCCUAACUAG